AUGAUAAUAGUUUUUUAUUUGUUAUAUAUUCUUUCAAAUUGCUAAAGAGCAUUUGAAAUAAUAAAUCAUCAGGAAAUAUUUGAAUACAUAUUACGUAUGAAUGAAUUAAGAAGUAAAAGAUACACAAGUUAAAUAUAACUGUUGUAUGAUGAAUAAAUAUAUGAAUUGUAUGAAGAAAAUUUAGAAAAUUAAAUAAAAAGAAAUAAAGAAAUAAUGGAAAAGGCGUUUUUAAUGAUUGAGAAGUAUUAUUUGCCAAAGAAAACAUGUUUGGAAGGUAUAUUGGAUUCAAUAUUAAUAAUGGAGCCUUUAUUUCAUUAGAUUUAAUAUGAUAAAGAGACUUUGAAUACAUACUUUUAUUCAGUUGAUUAAUUAAAUUUUAGAUCAAGUUGUUAUUAAGUAUUAUAAACAAUAACAGAUUAAGAUGUAGAAUUAAAGAGUAGAGAUGAAAUAGAAAAGAUGGAAUUAUUUUAAGAAUUUUAUGAUAGAUUUUAUUAAAAUGAUUUCACUUAGAGUAAGAUGUAUAUAGAAUCAAGAGCAAUGGAUUUUAGAAAGAAGUUAGAAGAGUUUACUGAAUUAUUUAUAGAUGAUUCUCAAAAGAUUUUAGAUGUCACAAAAUAGCUAAUGUUAAAAGCUAAAUAAUCAUUUAAUAAUUUAAAAUAAUUAAUAUAACCUGAAACAGAUUAAGCAAUAUGUAUUAAAAUAAUAUUUUAAUUAAGAUUCUUACAAUUUAUAAAAAUAAAGAUAUGAUUUAUUAAGGGAGAAAGAAGUAUUUUUAAAAUAGUAGAUUUUAUAUAAUGACGAAGCUUUUUAAAUAGAAUAGACUUAGCAUAUAUAAUUGAGAGAUAGUGUAGAUAAAUUAAUAAUAGAAUAAGAGGUUGGGUAAUUAUUGAUAAAAAGAAUAAAUUAGAGUUGUUAUAUAAAGAAAUGAGCGAUGAAAAUAGAUAGAAUGUCUUAAAUAUGAUGAAAGUUUAAAAUUGGGAUAUAAUGAAAAUACAAGAAGAAGAAGAAUUUAGAAAACAAUCUCAAAGAUUUAAUCCAGGAAAAAGAAAUGAUUAUGAUUUAUGA